CCUCGCUCCGGGAGCGCCCCUCCGCCUCUCGUUCUUCCCCGGCGAAAGGCGACCGGGAGGCCGGGAGGCGGAGCUCCCAGUCACCCUGCCUUCAUCCAUCGUUACCUUGAAACCCUAGCGAUCGGACUGCCGAUCUGUCUAUGGUUUUGCUACUACUGAGGAGCGCUUAGAGAGAGGAGAGUGCAAAAUGGCGGGCGGGGAACCGGCGUCUACCCCGGGAACGGGGGCUGCGCCGGUGACGGGGCCAAUGUCGGGGCCUCAGGUUCUGACGCGGCGGUCAUCGACGAGAAGUGCGGCGAUGGCGACCUUCUCCAUGGAGGUCUUCGACAAUGAGGUGGUGCCGUCGUCGCUCGGAAGCAUCGCCCCCAUCCUCCGCGUUGCGUCCGAGAUCGAGGCCGAACGCCCUCGCGUCGCCUACCUAUGCCGUUUCUAUGCGUUCGAGAAGGCGCAUAGACUCGAUCCCAGCUCCAGUGGACGCGGAGUUCGACAAUUCAAGACCGCUCUCCUGCAGCGCCUCGAGCGGGACAAUACUCCGAGUCUUGCUAAAAGGGUGAAGAAGAGUGAUGCACGAGAAAUCGAGAGCUUCUAUCAGCAAUACUACGAGAACUAUGUCCGUGCUCUGGAUCAGGGCGAGCAAGCAGAUAGAGCUCAACUUGGUAAAGCUUAUCAGACUGCCGGUGUCUUAUUUGAAGUCCUCUGUGCUGUUAACAAAACUGAAAAAGUUGAAGAAGUUGCUCCAGAGAUUAUUGCUUCCGCCAAAGAUGUCCAAGAAAAGACGGAAAUUUAUGUCCCAUAUAACAUCCUUCCUCUGGACGCUGCUGGUGCUUCACUAUGUAUUAUGCAAUUUGAGGAGAUUAAAGCAGCUGUGAUGGCCUUGAGGAAUACACGAGGCUUGAACUGGCCUUCUUCUUUUGAUCAGCAAAGACAGAAAACAGGAGACUUGGAUCUACUAGAUUGGUUAAGGAUCAUGUUUGGGUUUCAGAGGGACAGUGUGAGGAAUCAAAGAGAGCAUUUGAUCUUGCUCCUUGCUAACGUCCACAUAAGGCUGUCGCCCAAGCCUGAACCUCUUCACAAGCUGGAUGAGCGAGCUGUUGAUGCAGUUAUGAGUAAAAUAUUCAAGAACUACAAAACAUGGUGUAAAUUCUUGGGACACAAACAUAGCUUACGGCUUCCACAAGGUGCACAACCACCUGAAAUUCAGCAAAGGAAAAUCCUUUACAUGGGCUUAUUUCUUCUUAUCUGGGGUGAAGCUGCUAAUAUUCGCUUUAUGCCAGAAUGCUUGUCCUAUAUAUUCCAUAAUAUGGCAUAUGAGCUACAUGGCCUAUUGGCUGGGAAUGUCAGUGUUGUGACAGGGGAGAACAUCAGGCCUUCAUAUGGUGGAGAUGAUGAAGCAUUCCUGAAGAAAGUAAUUAGUCCAAUUUAUCGUGUGAUUGAAAAGGAAGCUAAAAUGAGCAAUAACGGAAAAGCUCCACAUUCAGCUUGGUGUAAUUAUGAUGAUCUAAAUGAAUACUUCUGGUCUGCUGAUUGCUUUUCCUUGGGGUGGCCUAUGAAGGAUGAUGGGAAUUUCUUCAAAUCUAUACGGGAAUCAAGGCCCAUUGUUCAGGCAGGGCAUUCAUCUCUGAAGGUUUCUAAUAGAAGCAUAGGGAAAUCAAAUUUUGUUGAGACAAGAACAUUUUGGCACAUUUUUCGAAGUUUUGAUCGCAUGUGGACCUUCUAUAUACUUGCACUUCAGGCAAUGAUAAUAGUGGCCUGGAGUGAGCACUCACUGACAGAGAUAUUUCAGAAAGAUAUAUUAUACUCAAUUUCUAGCAUUUUCAUCACAGCAGCAUUACUACGCUUCCUCCAAAGUGUUCUUGAUGUUGUUCUAAAUUUCCCUGGCUUUCACAGAUGGAAAUUCAUUGAUGUCUUAAGAAAUUUCCUCAAGAUAUUAGUUAGUCUUGUAUGGGCCAUAAUUCUUCCUCUAGUUUAUAUUGAUUCGCCAAGCAUAAAUUUACCCUGGAAUGAACUGUCCAAGUGGCUUCAUCAAUUAAAUGGUGUACCACCUUUAUAUAUCAUGGUUGUGGUACUGUACCUAUUUCCCAAUAUACUAGCAGGCAUCCUAUUCUUAUUUCCUAUGCUCCGAAGAUGGAUAGAGAAUUCAGAUUGGCAUAUUGUUCAGCUUCUCUUGUGGUGGUCUCAGCCAAGAAUAUAUGUUGGACGUGGCAUGCAUGAAAGUCAGUUUACGCUUUUCAAGUAUACAUUGUUUUGGUUGUUGCUGUUGUCUUCCAAGUUUGCCUUCAGUUAUUACAUGCAGAUAAAACUUCUUAUGAAGCCCACAAAAGAUAUAAUGAAUGUUCACAACAUUCAUUAUGCCUGGCAUGAAUUUUUCCCUAAUGCUUCUGGUAAUUAUGGUGCUGUUCUCUCACUAUGGGCUCCUGUGAUUUUGGUAUACUUUAUGGACACUCAAAUAUGGUAUGCAAUUUUCUCUACCUUAUAUGGAGGUGUUUCUGGAGCAUUCGGUCGACUUGGAGAAAUACGGACACUGGGUAUGCUGAGAUCAAGGUUCCACUCUUUGCCUGGAGCUUUCAACACAUACCUUGUACCAUCUGAGAAAGCUCGAAACAGGGGAUUCUCUUUCUCAAAGCACUUCGCAGAGGUCUCUCCAAGCAAGAGAACUGAGGCAGCAAAGUUUUCCCAGCUAUGGAAUGAAGUAAUUUGUAGCUUCCGAGAAGAAGACCUUAUAAGUGACAGAGAGAUGGAUCUUUUGCUAGUUCCUUACUCAUCAGAUCCUAGCCUGAAGAUAAUACAAUGGCCACCAUUCCUGCUCGCAAGCAAGAUACCAGUAGCAUUGGAUAUGGCUGCUCAAUUUCAAUCAAAGGAUUCUGAUCUGUGGAAACGCAUCUGUGCGGAUGAAUAUAUGAAAUGUGCCGUUAUUGAAUGCUACGAGUCCUUUAAACUUGUUCUUAACCUUCUUGUAGUUGGUGAAAAUGAGAAAAGGAUCAUCGGCGUAAUUAUUAAAGAAAUUGAAGCUAGCAUUGGAAAGAAUGCUUUUCUCAGCAACUUCAGAAUGAGUGCCCUACCAACACUAUGUAAGAAGUUUGUGGAGCUUCUAGGUAUCUUGAAAGAGGGUGAUGCAUCUAAGCGUGACACACUCGUGUUAUUGCUCCAAGACAUGCUAGAAGUGGUCACCCGUGAUAUGAUGGUUCAUGAGAAUCGUGAGUUGGUUGAGCUUGGCCACAGUAAUAAAGAUUCAAUACCUCGAAGACAACUUUUUGCUGGCACAGGUUCAAAACCUGCAAUAGUAUUUCCUCCUAUAAUUACAGCAUACUGGGAAGAACAGAUUAAACGGUUGUACCUCCUAUUGACAGUAAAAGAAUCUGCAGUAGAUGUGCCUACAAACCUUGAAGCUCGUAGAAGGAUAGCCUUUUUUACAAAUUCAUUAUUUAUGGAAAUGCCACGUGCACCUAAAGUCCACAAAAUGCUCUCAUUCAGUGUAAUGACCCCUUACUACAGUGAAGAGACAGUAUUUUCCAAAAAUGAUCUUGAUUUGGAGAAUGAAGACGGUGUCUCUAUCAUAUUUUACCUGCAAAAGAUCUACCCAGAUGAAUGGAACAACUUUAUGGAGCGAAUCAAUUGCAAAAGAGAAAGUGAAGUUUGGUCCAAUGAGGAGAAUGUUCUACAACUUCGUCAUUGGGCCUCUCUUAGGGGACAAACACUUUGUAGAACUGUUAGGGGUAUGAUGUACUAUCGGAGAGCCUUGAAGCUUCAAGCUUUUCUUGAUAUGGCUCAGGAAAGUGAGAUAUUAGAAGGAUAUAAAAUAGUUACUGAUUCAGCAGAGGAAGAAAAGAAAAGCCAAAGAUCAUUAUCUGCUCAGCUGGAGGCUAUAGCAGACAUGAAAUUCACAUAUGUUGCUACUUGCCAAAUCUAUGGAAAUCAGAAACUGUCCGGAGAUCGACGUGCAACAGACAUUUUGAACUUGAUGGUUAACUACCCUUCUCUUCGUGUUGCAUACAUUGAUGAAGUGGAAGAGAGAGAUGGCGACAAGGUUCAGAAAGUCUACUACUCUGUGCUAGUAAAAGCUGUGGACAACCGUGACCAGGAAAUAUACCGUAUUAAAUUACCAGGAUCAGCAAAAGUAGGUGAAGGAAAACCGGAAAACCAAAAUCAUGCAAUAAUCUUCACCCGUGGCGAAGCUCUUCAGACUAUCGAUAUGAAUCAAGAUAACUAUUUGGAAGAGGCACUUAAAAUGCGCAACCUUCUUGAAGAAUUCAAUGAAGACCAUGGACUACGUCAACCUACCAUUCUUGGAGUACGUGAGCAUAUUUUCACAGGAAGUGUGUCCUCUUUGGCGUGGUUUAUGUCAAACCAAGAAACCAGUUUUGUAACGAUUGGACAAAGAGUCCUCGCAAGUCCAUUAAAAGUCCGAUUUCAUUAUGGUCACCCAGAUGUGUUCGAUAGAAUUUUUCACAUCACCAGAGGUGGCAUUAGCAAGGCAUCUCGCGGGAUCAACCUCAGCGAGGAUAUAUUUGCUGGCUUCAACUCGACACUGAGACGUGGAAACAUCACACAUCACGAGUACAUCCAGGUUGGAAAAGGUCGUGAUGUUGGACUCAACCAAAUCUCACUCUUCGAAGCAAAAGUUGCUUGUGGCAACGGUGAGCAAAUACUCAGCAGAGACAUCUACCGCUUGGGUCAUCGUUUUGACUUCUUCCGCAUGCUAUCAUCCUACUUCACCACCGUGGGCUUUUACGUCAGCUCAAUGAUGGUUGUAAUCAUAGUCUAUGCCUACUUAUACGGAAGACUCUACUUGUCACUAAGUGGGCUGGAGAGUGCAAUCAUGACGCAGGCAAGGAAGAGAGGGAACACAGCUCUGGAGUCAGCAAUGGCAUCUCAGUCGGUGGUCCAGUUAGGUUUACUGAUGGCCAUGCCAAUGGUCAUGGAGAUCGGACUCGAGAGAGGAUUCCGAACCGCAGUGAGCGACUUCAUCAUCAUGCAGCUUCAGCUUUGUUCCGUCUUCUUCACGUUCUCCCUCGGAACCAAGUCGCACUACUUCGGCCGCACCGUCCUGCACGGCGGCGCAAAGUACAGAGCAACCGGAAGAGGCUUCGUGGUGCGCCAUGUGAAGUUCGCCGAGAACUACAGGAUGUACUCCCGGAGCCACUUCGUGAAGGGGUUGGAGCUGAUGGUGCUUCUCAUAGUGUAUCAGAUCAACGGAGCUGUCACCUCCGACUCGUUUGCUUUCCUGCUUCUCACCUCGUCCAUGUGGUUCCUGGUGACCACCUGGUUGUUCGCGCCGUUCCUCUUCAACCCCUCCGGCUUCGAGUGGCAGAAGAUAGUGGACGAUUGGGACGACUGGACCAAGUGGAUAAACAGCUGGGGAGGAAUCGGGGUGCCGGCGAACAAGAGCUGGGAGUCGUGGUGGGACGAAGAGCAGGAGCACUUGCAGUCCACCGGGUUCCUCGGCCGCUUCUGGGAGAUCGUCCUCUCUCUGCGCUUCUUCCUCUUCCAGUAUGGGAUCGUGUACCACCUCAACGUUGCCAAUGGCAACAAGAGCAUCAUCGUGUACGGGCUGUCAUGGCUGGUGAUCGUGGCAGUGAUGCUGAUUCUCAAGGUGGUGUCGAUGGGCAGGAAAAAGUUCAGCGCCGACUUCCAGCUCAUGUUCCGGCUUCUCAAGCUUUUCCUCUUCAUCGGCUUCAUCGGAAUCCUGGGCAUCCUCUUCACCCUCCUCAACCUCACCGUGGGAGACAUCUUCGACAGCCUCUUCGCCUUCCUGCCCACCGGAUGGGCACUGCUUCAGAUAUCGCAGGCGCUGCGGCCGGUGAUGAAGGGGCUGGGGCUGUGGGGCUCCGUCAAGGCCUUGGCUCGGGGGUACGAGUACGUGAUGGGAGUAGUGAUCUUUGCGCCGGUGGCCGUCCUCGCCUGGUUCCCCUUCGUGUCCGAGUUCCAAACCAGGCUGCUCUUCAACCAGGCCUUCAGCCGAGGGCUGCAGAUAUCGCGCAUCCUGGCCGGCGGGAAAAAGCAUAACUGAUUGAUUCAUUUCCGUGGUGUUCUUGUAAUGAACUUAUCCGUCCAUCUGGAGUACUAUAGAAAUCAAUCGAGUUAUAGUCAUUUUUUGUGUUCUACCGCCUCCUGUUGUUGCUGCCUAAAUCCAAUCCGUUUCAAACAUGAGAGCUAUUUUAUCUAACGGGGUCUAAAUUUUUAUUCAAGCAGGUG